AUGACAAUAUCUACUUUCGAUCACGUGUCCGCCAGGCGACUUAGACGGAUUGCGCGUCAUCUCGCCUUCCCCAAAUUUUCUCUAGUGCUGCAGCUCGUAUCCAAAACAUCUUUAUCGACGGCGCGAAAGAUGUUUAACUCUGUGAACCUGGGCAACUUCUGCUCCCAGACGCGCAAGGACCGGACAUCCGAGUUUGGGGACAGGACGGGCUGCGCGUCCAACCUCUAUCUCCCCAGCUGCACGUACUACGUGCCCGAGUUUUCCGCCGUGUCGUCGUUUCUUCCGCAGGCCCCGUCCCGCCAGAUCAGCUACCCGUACUCCACCAACCUCUCUCAAGUGCAGCCGGUUCGGGAAGUGUCCUACGGCUUGGACCCGGCCAGCAAAUGGCACCACCGGAGCAAUUACGCGUCGUGCUACUCGGCGGGAGACGAGCUGGUGCACAGGGACUGCCUUCCGCCUUCCACCAUGACAGAAAUGCUCAUGAAGAACGAGAGCGCAUACAGCCACCACCACGCACAUCACCACCACCACCACCACCCCGGCUCCAAUCACCCCUCCGCCGGCUUCUACUCCGGCGUGCACGCCAAGAAUAACGUCCUCCCGCAAGGCUUUGACCGCUUCUUCGAGACGGCAUACUGCAGUGGUACAGACAAUCAGACGGACACUUGUUUACAAAAAGCCGAGGGGGGGAAGCUGAUGGGCGGCGGCGGUGGCGCUACUGCCGGAGACCCCCAACAGCAGCAGCAACAACAGCAACAGCAACAGCAACAGCAACAGCAGCAGCAGUCCGGCUCGGCAGCGUCGGAGCAGGACAAAGAGCCGGACGACGACGAGGCCGACGCAGACGCCGAGGAGGAGCACACCAACUCGGGUUCCUGCACGUCAUCCUCCGCGGCCACCAAGGAAGGCACCGGCAUCAAGAGCAGCCACUCCAGCACUCAACGCACACGGAAGAAAAGGUGUCCUUAUUCAAAGUUCCAAAUCCGAGAACUGGAGCGGGAGUUCUUCUUUAACGUUUACAUCAACAAGGAGAAACGUCUGCAGCUCUCCCGCAUGUUAAACCUCACCGACCGCCAGGUGAAAAUAUGGUUUCAGAAUAGACGAAUGAAAGAAAAGAAGCUGAGCAGGGAUCGCCUGCAGUAUUUCUCCGGGAAUCCCUUGUUGUGA